CAAUAGAUGUACCAGGAAAAGGGUUGCCGUCUUCUUUCGAGUUCCUGGUGUGAGCGUAUGUAUGCCACUCCUGCUUAUACUGGCACCAGACACAACAACCGGAAACGAUCAUACUGCCUUUCAAAAUAAGAGCGACCGUGAUACAGGAACGAAAGGAAAUUGUUUUAGACCAGACAAAUUCAUUUACAAGCAUAUUUCGCAACAGGGCAUUUCAAAGUGCUUCACAUAAGAUAAUAAGAUAAAAGGAAAGAGAUCCACAAAACACAAAGGCACACAAAACUCACCAAAGCAACAAAACUCACCAAAGCAACAGGGAAAUAGGAUAAGAGAGAGGAAAAGUAAAGGGUUAAAAUACAGUAAAGCAAAUUUCAAAAUACAGGUAUAGAUUAUAAGCUGCAGUAUUGACUAAAUAAAUCAGGUCAUCUGUUAAAAUGAUUAAUAAAAUGCCCCUAGUGGUUAACUAGAGAGCCUUCAACCUGGAUUAAUGUUUCAGCAAUUUCAGCAAACAUCUGGGGUCAUUUUACAGAUGUGCAGCACACAAACUGAAUGCUGCUUCUACAUGUUUGUUCCUGACUCUGGAGACAGGGAGCAGCCCUUUACAGAGGACCUGAGCGGUUUUUGGUGUAUGGUGAAGAUCAAGUGUUUAAAUACUGUUGUGCUUCAUAAUGUCAGCUAAAGAAGCUAUCAGCUAUGGGGACCCUCAAACACUUAAAUACACUUCAAAAACACUUUGAGGAUACCAUCAUCUUGUCAAUGAGUUUCUUAACUGUUACACAAAUUAACUUAAAAAUAUUUCAAGCCAUAUCUAUUAAGCGUAUUGUAGUUUGGAGCAGAAAAUAUUUUUUUUCCUUGCACUAUGCUCUGACCUAUAAGCUGGACAACCAUAAUCAAAUUCUCAAAUGAACAAACUUUGGUUUCUUGUACAGCUAUUUUUCAAUAAAACUUUUCAAUUUCCAAUCCAUGUCAGGGAUCCUACUACAUGUGAGGUGGGAAUGUAAUAAUCUCUUUAAAUUGCUAUCUGAGCUGUAAUCUUAAGCAAUCAUUGCAAAUGAUGACACAAAAAGACCUUUACAGGCAAGCACAGCCACACAUAUGAUAGGAUUGCCUCCUGUGGAAAUGGUCUCAGGUUCAAAUCCAAGGCAGCCAGGUGUAAAUAUAAUUCUUUAAAUAUAACGUCUGUGGCAGUAUGUGCUGUUGUAGUCUUAAUUAGAGGGAUCUUCCGAUGUAAAAUUAAUUUAGGGUCAAACACACCAUAACACAGAGUUAGACACCCCGUCAAGAGAUUAAUGUUGCAAGCUUGCUUCUCGAGUUAUACCAACUUUAUAAUGACUGCAGGAUAGCAAUACAUAGUGGUCUGAGGAGCCGAACACAAACCUUAACCAAAAAGCCACUCUAUAGCCACAAAUAAUGCUCAGAACAGCACCUAACUUCAUCAACAGUACAUGAAGGGUCCCAGCCAUAGCACUAGCCAUCAAGCGUCUUUUUAGCUUUGCCUGAUUUCUUUAGCAAAGAGACUAAACACAACUCAGCCACUCUCCUCCAGCAGCUGCUUGUUUGUAGUGAGACCUCGGGCCAGUUCAUUACGGACUACAGCGGGGGGACGCAGCUCAAGGAAGAACAAUAAUGAUCACUACUAUGUCAUUCCCUUGAAGUAAUAAUCACCAUAUUAAUUACUUUACACUGCAGACGUGGUAGUUCGUCUGCCUUAGCAUCUCAGUCUGAUGCAUUUCCAUGAAGAAAUGGUCAGAAAUGUUUUUCCUUGACACAGCAAUCUGUAAUGAACUGGCCCGAGGUCUCUACAAACAAGCGGCUGCUGGAAGAGAAUGGCGGAGUUGUGUUUAGUCUCUUUGCUAAAGAAAUUAGGCAAAGCUAAAAAGAUGUUUGGUGGCUAGUGCUGUGGCUGGGACCCUAUAUGUACUGUUGAUGAAGUUAGGUGCUGUUCUGAGCAUUAUUUGUGGCUAUAGAGUGGCUAAAUUAAUUUUACGCCGGAAUAUCCCUUUAAAUUUGAUCCCCCACAGUUUUCCAUGCAGUUGUUAAUCAAAUUCUUAAGCAUUUCGGUCCAAACUGGGUGAAAACAUAAAAAUAAUUUAAAUCACUCAUGCGUGAAAUGUGUUUUGGUGAAAUGAAACAGGGCGCCCGAGUGCCAUUUUUGUUCCUGGCUGUUGUUCCUGCAGACUGACCGACGUCUGCUGCUCUGCUCUGUUCCUGGCACUCUCAGUACAGGAGUCAGUCUUUGGCGCUUACAGUUUAAACUCGGGCUGUGAUUGGUGGAUCUAGGCCAACCGACGCAAACAUUAUUGAUGACGUCUAGGGUAUGUAGGUUUCCGCGCGAAGGUGCAGAUGUUGUUGGAGUGAACAGAGAGCAGCAGGGGAGGACGCGUGCCUGACUUACAAGGUUAAACACUUGACGGUGAGAACAAUGGUCUUAUGCAAAUGCAUUUUCAGGCUUUCAGACCAUUUUAAGAGGUCUCCAAAGGGCUAGACUUGGAUUUAGACAGGUUUUUGAAGCAUUAUGAAGUUUACUCUGCAUCUGUAAAAGUCAAACAGUUGACGGACUGAAUUGUUAUGGCCGCUGUUCAGUGAACGCUAUGUGUAAAAACAUUAGCGCAAAUUUUAAAAAAGGUAGUUUGCAUGUUUCUUUUAAAGUGCGGUAGAGUUUAUACAUCGUUUGUUUUAACAUCUUGCCAUAGACUUCAAUUACCACUUAGUUUGUGUGAAUGUUUGGGUUUUAGUCGAUAUUAUGUAAUCAUGAAAUAACACGAAGUUACGUUUUCCCAGCUUUAUCUAAUGUUUAAAUCAAUCAACACCAUUGCACUUUUUUACUAUUUAUUUUUUAGUUGGUGUUUCGUAUCCCCGUGCUUUUCAUUGUUUGUUUCAAAGACACUGUUUUGCAUGCCUCACCCCCGCCUCUCUGUAAUACCACAUCCGUUAUGUGAACGUAUAGACUCCAUACAGCAGGCCUUAAUGAUUUUGCCUCUCCGUACAGUAAAUUGGCUCACAUGCAGAUCUCUACUUAAACCCGCGUCUGAAUAUCAUAAUGCAGUGGGAUUUAUCAUCAUUGUACCCUGCAAUUGUUGUUUGUGUACAUAUAUGACUUUACUCAUCAAAUAUCAUUCGAUCGAUGCUAUAACUUCAAAUUUUUCACGAAGUGCAGUUAUUGGUUACUUGCUUAUCUGCUGCAGAAAAAUGACAUGAAGGACUUUUUAUCUUUCAUACAUAUCAUGUUUGUGAAUUUAAACUGGGAAAAGUAAUGAUUUACAAUCCUGAGCCACUUUGCUGCUUGUCAGGAUGAGUGAAGUGCUGAAUUUAUUUUGCCAGUCGUGCCAUGACAUGAUUAGAGACUAGUCUAACAUGUCUAGCAUGUUGUACAAGUGGCAGUUUGCAACCCCACCAAACCGACAGUUGAGUACAACCUACCCUGAGAUUGUUGCUAGACUCAUUAUGUGUUGCCUGACAUCCGCAAAGGUAAACAGUUGAUAGGGGAGCAUUUAUUUUCUUGUCUCAGUGUAUCUAGAAGAGUGUUUUAUUCCAAAGGCCAAAGCAAGUGGUAAAACUAGUGAACUUUAUGUUUUUCUAAGUCAUGGAUAGCAUGCAUGCUUGAGCAGUUAUCUGUCAAAGCCACUGGCCCUAACUGUUUGCUCUAGCACCAUAAGCCCACAUAGACCUCCUCCUGCAUUCUGCACUGCAUUCUCUCAUGAUGCACUUCUCAUCUGAGCACAGUGAACUUGAAGCUCUUUUUCUUUUUUGUACAGCUCAUGUUAUGUUAUGUUUUCUUCCAGUGGGGUCAUAAAGCCAUCAUUUCUGCUAAAAUGGACAGGUGUGACGGUAAGGGUUAACUUUUUAAAUCACUGAGUAAAUGAGAUUAGUCUUGAUGUAAAGGUGUGCAUUUUGAAAAACAGAGAGCUAAAACAUUUUGAGCCAAAUAUCUUGAUUGCAGCACAAAACUGCAGAUCAAGACCAACACAAAACGUAUGUACUUGAAAAUUUGAUGUGGCAUGUGGCAUGUGGCAUAACAGUACUUGUCCAGAGAUUGAACACACACAAAAAAAAUGUUUAAACAUCUCUUACCCAAACUCCACUGCCACACAACAGGGAUCUCUGUAAUAAAGCCGAGGCCAGCUCAAGCUCAAUUAAUUAUCCUUACACAAUCUCGAUACAAGUAUUAUCAAAGGGUGUUAAAGUGAAACUGACAUAAUUCUUUAUUUGACAUAUUAACAAAAAAAUUGCAUCAUUUUUGGUCAUCAGUCCUGCUUUUAUUCAUUAAUAUGCAAAAGCUGAUAUAUUUAAUUGGUAUUAGAGAUUAUAUCCUUCACUCUUACCGACAAAUUUUCAUACAUGUGCAAUAGCUUUACCAACAUUUUCCAGUCAGCUCAUCAAACAUUUGUGUGUUUUUGCAGACAUCCAAGUAAAGGAGCUGAACAAGAGGGCCUCAGGUCAUGCAUUUGAGGUCAUCCUGAGCCCCUCAAACACAGAUCCCAAGGAGUUUCCUCUGUCACCUCUGAAGAAAAAGGAAACAUCCCUGGAUGAGAUUAAAAAGAAGCUGGAUGCUGCAGCAGAGAGACGCAAGGUAUUAUAAAACUGAGCACUUGAGUUUAGGGUUAAAGUUGAGUUCAUUUACAGCUAAUCAUCUCUUUCCUUAUUUUUUUAGAGUCAGUGUGCUGAAGUGCUCAAACAGUUGGCAGAGAAACAGGACCAUGUGAAAGAAGUCCUGCAAAAAGCCAUGGAGGAAAGCUGCAACUUUCAAAAGACAGCGCAGGAAAAACUCAAUCAGAAGAUGGAGACAUAUGAGGAGAACUGCACCGUACGGAAGGCAGCUCUCAAUGAAAAAUUCAAGGAGAAGGUAAUUUUAUAACAGCAUAUCAUCCUGCCUUUAUGCCUUACAUGGAAACUAUAAAUUCCCCAGUGAUAUGAUUGUUUUAUAUUUACAUUCCAACAGGACAAGAAGCUUGAAGAGGUGAAGGCGAACAAGAAGGCGAUGCAAGGAAGAGAGAAUUAAGUUGUUCAUAAUCUGAAAAGCAGUUGUUACAUCUCCAAAGAUAAGCUUUACCUUUAACUGACAUUUCCAUACUUUGUUUGUUGUACUUUUUCUAAAUAUGCUGUAAAAUGGAAGUUAGUUAUGCAGUGUAGACGACAUCCUGAUAUUGUCUGGUUUUCUUUACUGGAGGUUUUUUCUUGGCAGCUAGCUACACUGUAUUUUCCAAACUAUAAACUGUAUUUUUUCACUUAGCGACAUUUCAUUGAUAUUAUUUGGUCCUUAAACUUCAUACUGUUGAAAUGUAUUUCGUUAUAAUACUCCAACAGUUGAUCAUACUGUAAGUUUACACUGUUACCAAGGUUCUUUCAUUAAAGCCUUUUUCUAUAAUCAUC